UAGAAAGUGUGGCUACUGCUGACGGAAGCUUUGUAGCAUCCAGAUCUUUACAGCCGAAAGAAGUUUCCUCUCUCGCUCUCUCUCUCUCCUUAUUUCGAGGAGAGGAAUUUGCGGGAAAGAAACGAAACCCAGACAUGAAUUGGGUGAAACAAAAGGUAACAAGCCAACCCCACGAUAAUUCGCCAUGAAAGCUCGUCACUUGAGCUUCUUCUACCUCCACAUCAUCGUCUUCACACUCUCCCUAUCCCUACCCAUACAAGUCAACACUGCAAAAGGGAUCAACAACACCAUCACGAAUGAAUCUGGCAAUAAUAGAAGAAUCCUGCACCAGCCAUUGUUCCCGGCGAGUUCCGCUCCCCCGCCAGCAGGCACGGCGUCUCCACCACCGUCUACACCGGUGGUGGAAACUCCUCCCUCUCCGGACGGCGGCAACAACAUCCCCUUCUUCCACGAGUACCCGGCGGGCCCCCCGGCGGAUCAGAACCAACACGCAGCACCGUCGUCCACGGUGAACUCCACAAUCGCAAACCCAACGGCAACACAGCCGACAAAGGGAACAAAAAAAGUAGCAAUCGCGAUCUCAGUGGGAAUUGUGACGCUUGGGAUGCUCUCGGCACUCGCUUUCUUUUUAUACAAACACAGAGCAAAACACCCCGUGGAGACUCAAAAACUCGUGGCUGCUGGAAGUGGGAACAACAAUAACUCAAACAGGAACAGCAACGAGGUUGCAAACACAACCUCGGCACCGUCGAGUUUCCUCUACAUUGGGACCGUGGAGCCCACGGACUCACGAGAUAAUAGAAAUGCUAUUAAGCCCAACAGAUCGCCGUAUCACAAACUCAAGCGAUCCGAUCGCUACCGGCCGAGUCCCGAAUUACAGCCAAUGCCGCCGCUCACUAAGCCUCCCGACGGGAAUUACCCGCCGGCGGUGUCUUCCUCGUCGGACUCCGACGAGGAGAGCCGCGAUACGGCGUUUCAUUCGCCGCAGAACUCGUCCGUCGAUGGAUAUUACACGCCGGCUUCACGGCAUAGCUCUCUGGUUAAUGGUAGUCCUGCGAAGAAAGAAACGAAUUCCACUCCCACACCCGUUGCUGUUCCGUUCUCCAAGAGAACUUCGCCCAAGUCACGCGUUUCGGCACCCUCGCCGGAGAUUAGACACGUCAUCAUACCUUCCAUAAAGCAGCCUCCACCACAGUCGCCGCCGCCACCUAAGCAUUCGAGAAAGCCGAAAUUCUCGGCGCCUCCCCCACCUCCGAAUUUGAAGCGUCUUCAGUCAACAAAAACAACCGACACUGCUUUGCACGUGUCAAGGACUUCACUUAAUCCUCCUCCUCCACCACCUCCUCCUCCGCCACCACCUCCACCGCUGCAGCGAAAAUCAGUGUCUCCGGCGGUUAGUGCUUCCUCUACUACUUGUGCAUCUGUAAAGCGACAAUCUUGGUCACCAAUUCAAUGUAGUGUGACGAAUGUUUCUGAGGAGGUGGAGCAAAGUCAAAGUGUGAGCUCUUCCGAGAGGCAUGAAGCCAAUGACACGGAUGGAGCCAAACCAAAACUGAAAGCUCUGCAUUGGGAUAAAGUGCGUGCGACCUCAGACCGUGCUACUGUGUGGGACCAGAUCAAAUCAAGCUCCUUUCAGUUAAAUGAAGACAUGAUGGAAUCGUUGUUUGGAUGCAAAGCCACAAAUUCUGCACCGAAAGAACCUCCAAGAAAAAAAUCAGUUCUUCCUUUCGUUGAUCAGGAGAACAGGGUGUUAGACCCGAAGAAGUCACAGAACAUAGCUAUUCUUCUCAGGGCUUUGAAUGUGACAAAAGAUGAGGUGUCUGAAGCUCUUUUAGAUGGGAAUCCUGAAGGCUUGGGCACUGAGCUGUUGGAAACCCUAGUAAAGAUGGCUCCUACUAAAGAGGAAGAGAUAAAACUCAAAAACUAUGAUGGUGAUCUCUCAAAACUUGGAUCUGCAGAAAGAUUUCUUAAAGCAGUGCUUGAUAUCCCUUUCGCCUUUAAACGAGUUGAAGCUAUGCUAUAUAGAGCCAACUUUGAUGCAGAAGUUAACUACCUUAGAAAGUCUUUUCAAACCAUGGAGGCUGCAAGUGAGGAAUUAAAGAACAGCCGGUUAUUCCUCAAACUCCUUGAAGCUGUUCUAAGGACAGGAAACAGAAUGAAUGUUGGAACUAACCGAGGGGAUGCUAAAGCUUUCAAAUUGGACACACUUCUAAAACUUGUAGAUAUAAAGGGAACAGAUGGAAAGACCACAUUGCUCCACUUUGUGGUCCAAGAAAUCAUUAGAUCUGAAGGUGCUGGAGCUGAAUCUGCAAAUGAUAAUGUGAAGAUGGAUUCCAAAUUUAAUGAAGAUGAGUUUAAGAAGCAAGGCUUGCAGGUUGUGGCAGGGCUCAGUAGAGAUCUUAGUGAUGUAAAAAAAGCAGCCGGAAUGGAUUCAGAUGUCUUGAGCAGCUAUCUUUCAAAGCUUGAAACAGGGCUUGAUAAAGUGCGAUUGGUUUUCCAAUAUGAAAAGCCAGAUAUGCAAGGCAAUUUCUUUAACUCCACAAAGCUAUUUCUGAAAUAUGCUGAAGAUGAAAUUGUACGGAUUAAAGCAGAUGAGAGAAAAGCCUUGUACCUUGUAAAAGAAGUUACUGAAUACUUUCAUGGGAAUGCAACAAAGGAAGAAGCCCACCCUCUCAGAAUUUUCAUGAUUGUAAGAGACUUUCUGAAUAUCUUGGAUCUAGUGUGCAAAGAAGUGGAAAAGAUGCAUGAUAGAAUUGUUGGUGGUUCUGGCAGAUCUUUCCGAAUACCUCCAAAUGCAUCAUUACCUGUUGUCAACAGGUACAAUCAUCGAAAGCAAGAUAGAAGCUCAGAUGAGGAAAGCUCAUCUCCCUAGUGUUGUGAAUAUGAAAGAAACCAUGGUCUUUCAGAAUAACAGUGAAAGUAAAUGAAUGAAGAAUGUUUUGCAAAUUAGCAUUCCAGGAUUGGAUUCAUUGGGUUUAAUGCCAUUACACUAUUAAUGCUGAAACAAAGUCUUCCAUGAGACUGAACAUCAAACACUGCAUGGUGGGGGUGGGGAUAAGAAAGUGAACUCACUGUUGAACAGAUUUCCUGGUUUACAGAAAUGGGCUGCAAAGGUUCAUAGCAUGCAUCCUCAUCCUACUUCAUAAGAAGAUAUGAAGAAGAAUAAAUAAAAUUUUAAAUGGAAGGUGGAGUGAAUGCAUCAUUUUGUUUCUUCAACUCCAAUACAUAUUCUACAGUCAAAAUAGGUUUUAUUAGGUCAGAGUUCCACACAAUUGUCAUAUUGUAGAACGUUUCGAUUUUACUUAAGAGGCUCUUAUAUGUAUUUUUUAAACCAAUUAUUAAUAAUAAAUAGCAGUUUUGCAACAA